GCAGCGCUCAAACCCUGGUGAGCGUCCUUUCCUCUCCUUCUCUUUCCACGACCAUGCACUGAAAGACCGCAUCCAUCGAGCUGAUUCAGGACUCGGAACGGCACUGAGUUGUGUUGGGUGGUUGCAGUCAGCCCGGAUGCCUCCAGAGUCGUGAUUUUAUUCUGAUAAACGGAAUAUUCGAACCCGAUCCCGGACCAAGUUGUUGCUUCUUCGCGCCCGUGUGUGAUGAACCUGGAGCGCAGCGAAAGAGGGGAGCGCCCUUCUCCUCGAGGCCCGGACAUGGAGCCUCGUACUGGGGGAAAGAUGGGGAAAAUAUCCGUGGGCUUCCAGAGGAGCUCCACCUCAGAUGACGACUCUGGGUGUGCGUUGGAGGAGUACGCGUGGGUGCCACCGGGACUCAGGCCUGAGAAGGUCCAGAUGUAUUUCUCCUGUCUGCCAGAGGAAAAGGUGCCGUACGUCAACAGUCCCGGAGAAAAGCACCGGAUCCGACAGCUCCUCUACCAGCUGCCGCCGCAUGACAACGAGGUGCGUUACUGCCACUCUCUGACGGAGGAAGAAAAGAGGGAGAUCCACAUGUUCAGUGCCCAGAGGAAGAGGGAGGCACUGGGGAGAGGAACACCCAAGAUCCUGCCCCGAGCUCUGCACCACACCCGUUGUGAAAAUUGUGGCGGAGGCAUCAAUGGAGGGGAGAUGGCAAUUUUUGCCUCCAGAGCAGGGCUGGGCCCCUGCUGGCACCCAGCGUGCUUUGCGUGCACCACGUGUCAAGAGCUGCUGGUGGAUCUGAUAUACUUCUACCAAAAUGACAAGAUCCUCUGCGGGCGCCAUCAUGCUGAGAUUCUCAAACCACGAUGCUCUUCUUGUGAUGAGAUCAUCUUUGCGGAUGAGUGCACAGAAGCAGAGGGUCGUCACUGGCACAUGAAGCACUUUGCCUGUUUCGAGUGCGAGACAAUGCUAGGGGGGCAGCGCUACAUCAUGAAAGAUGGCCGCCCCUACUGUACUGGCUGCUUUGAGUCACUGUAUGCAGAGUACUGCGAGGCCUGUGGUGAAAACAUCGGUGUUGACCAUGCCCAGAUGACCUAUGAAGGUGUACACUGGCAUGCUGCGAACCAGUGCUUCUGUUGUGCCCAGUGCAAGACAUCCUUGCUGGGCUGUCCCUUCCUGCCAAAGCAGGGUCGCAUCUAUUGCUCAAAGGCCUGCAGCCAGGGGGAAGAUAUUCAGGCCUCUGACUCGUCUGAUUCUGCCUUCCAGUCUGCCCGGUCACGUGAAUCACGGCGCAGUGUGCGCAUGGGGAAGAGCAGCAGGCCUGCCGAACAGUGGAGACAGUCACAGCUGUUUAACCCCCCUGCCGCUGUACCUUCGUUUGAUUAUAAGUUUGGAAAUGGAGAGGGCGAUGGCGAUAGAAAUGGAGAUGCUGAUUGCGACAUUGGUAUCGUAGGGCGCAAGAUGGCCCGUCUAGGCCUGGAGGAGGAGAGGUUCUGGAGGGAGCGGGAGGAGCAGGAUGCUGGUGGAGAGGAGGAUCCAGAGGAGUGGGCCCAGCAUGAGGACUAUAUGACUCAGCUCCUUCUCAAGUUUGGUGACCGCGGGAUGUUAAACAAACUUCAGCAGCCAUCACUAAAAUCUCCCAGCGCUAGCAGUGACAGAAACAGGCUAAUGAGUGUCUCUGAUCCCUGGCUCAAGCCUGAUUCUACAUCUAUCGGGGAUAGCGCCUCCUCUCCCACCCCUGCUAGUCCCACCCAGAGCCAGACUUCCAAUCAAUCCCGAGCCAACAGCCUUAGCCCUGGAUUGAUGAGCAAGAAGCACCUGCCUGAAAUGUACUGGGCCCAAUCCCAGGAUGGGUUGGGAGACUCAGCCUACGGGAGUCAUCCAGGUCCCGCCAGUGCCAGAAAGAUCCAAGAGCUGGAGUUGGACCAGGAUCAGGACCAAUCUGGGACAGGGAGACGGGCCUUCUGGCCAGACACCAGGCAGUGGUAUGAAGAUUCCCUUGAGUGCAUCGCUGAUGAGCUGAGGAAAGCCGAGCAGGGUGCUGGAGACUCCAUGGACUCCCUGGCGCUCUCAAACAUCACUGGUGCAUCAGUGGAUGGAGAAGGUAGGGAUAGACCUAUAGUCUACACACUCGCCAUACAGGAUCCCUCAGUGGCAGAUGACUGCGAGAAGAUGAGCAACAUGGGAACCUUUAAUUCAUCUCAUCUUCACCACAGUGCCAACUCUCUCAACCUAAACAUGGAGAAGGGAGAUGAGGAGGUAGCAUUGUCAAAGAGGAGAGGCACACCAGGAGGACACCUCUCAUUGUCCCCAAAUUUGGAAGGCCUCCCACCCUCCUUUGUCCAUGCCCCAGCUCUGAGGAGGAGCAGGUCCCAAUCCAGGCCUCCUCAGAUGGUCAAGUUCUCAGAGGACACUGUGGACAAUGGUUACAAUGAUGGAUUCGAUGUCAAUAUUAGAAGGCAUCCCAUGAGUGAGAGGCCACAGCGGAGGGCGUACUGCCCAGAAGAGAUGGGCAGAGAGAAAAGUCGUCCAACGAGCCAACAUGGACGCAGCAGGCAGCACCAACACCGGCAACACCACAGGAGCCGCAAAACUCGCUCGGACAACAACCUUCACAUGAUGCCUUUGGAGAAAGCACAGAGGCCGUAUGAGCCCCAGCAGCAGGGUCUGGUAAACUCUCCAUGUGGUGCCAUGCUCCUACAGCAUCCUGCAAACAGGCUACCCUUGGCCUACUCCCAAACCCGUUCUGACUAUAUGCUUCAGAGCUCAGCUCAAGGAGACCCACGAGUCGAGCAAUUCAUGGGUCUCUACAGAGAUGAGGACGACUGUUGUUCCACUUGCUCUUCCUCAUCGUCAGACUCUGAGGAGGAGGGCUAUUUCCUGGGCCAGCCAAUCCCUCAGCCUCGAGCGGGUGGGUGCUACUACGCUGAGGACUACCCGACGAGGGUUACAGCCCUCUCCUCCCAGAGCCACGGCUCACAGACUGGUCGCAGAAAAGGCCACCGCUCCAAAAACUGUAUCAUCUCUUAACAGCUCAGAGUGCAUUUACAUUAUAACCUGCACUACACUUAGCAAUAAAGUCAGAUUUUCUGAUUAUAUGACGGAUCAAAUCUGGGUUUAGAAAGGCAGUUUGAAGCAAACAAUGUGCACAGACUGCGUAUUAUGCCCUAACAGAAGGUCAAGAUGCAUAUAUUUCAGGCACGGAUCUACUGAAAGAAGAAAUCAAACUGCGAAGACAGAUUUGUGCAACAUAUAGUCAGAAAAUCUCUUGUGUGUGCAAAUUGACCCCAUAUACUGGGUCUUAUUGAAUUUAGCACUAACAAGAUGUACUCGUACAUAUGGAAGCCUGUCUUAAGACAGUGCAGACCAGAAUUAUGCAGAGUUGGCAGAGUGGCGACUUUUUCUUUCAUUGCAGAAUUUGCUGUUUUUUUUUUUUCCCUCCAUGUUCAAUGUUCAGUUAAAAGUUUUGCAGCAAUAUCUUUGUGUGCAUUAAAGUGGAUACUUACUGAACACAGGAGUUGACGUAGAAAAUAGAAGCAAACCAAAAAAUUAUUUAAUGCAUGAUAGUACAAAUGAUUAUGUAUAUACUAAGUUAAGAUUUUAAUACUGCUAUUUUUUAUAUCCGUGGUUUUAAGAAUUGUUUCUGUCCAAGUGAAUGAUAGAUAAAAAUAGCAGUUGUAACGGUAAACAAAACAGACCUCGUUAAUAUUUCAUGAGAAACCAAGAAGGUGCCACUUCAUAAACUGUGCUGUUCACAAUAAAGUGCCAUGUUACUCUGUAACAAUGUUUAUGACAUAUUCGGCAACGCUAUUGGUGUACAAACUAUGAUACGUACGGCAGGAACACCUGCAUUAUCCAAAUUCAGCUGACCUGUUCAAUACCCUUGCUCUGACAUAACCAGCUAAAUGCUUCAUGAUGUAAAGACGCUUGUAAUAAAUAAUUUUCUCCUCAAA